GUAUACUCUUGUAUCAAGAAGACGGCAGAGCUGACUUGUAAAAAAAAAAAAAUCUAUAAUUUCAUUCAGAGAUACGGGUUUCUGAAGGUCGUAGACAAUGUUUUCCCUGCUGUGUCGCUGGGCUCUGGUGUGGCUGGCUGUGACCUUCACCUGUAGCCAAUGUGAGGACUGUCGUGUCCAGGAUGGGAAACCAGGGCAGCCAGGUGUCGCUGGGCGGGACGGCUUGCCCGGACAGAAAGGUGAAAAGGGGGAUCCAGCUUUGCAGGAUCCAACUGUGGUGUUUGUCAAAGGCGAUCGGGGAGACUUAGGGAACCCAGGACCUAUUGGCCCAAAAGGGCAUCCGGGAAUCGUCGGUGUUUCAGGACUUCCAGGUGCUCCAGGUCCCAAGGGUGCCUCUGGAGAUGGCUCAAACCUCUCCGCUCAAAAAAUGCCAGCUUUUUCUGUGGUGCGGACCACAGCGGGGCACCCCAGGCACGAUCGGCCUAUAGGAUUUGACCGCGCAAUCACUGAUAUGACUGGUGAUUUUAACCUUGGUAGUGGCGAGUUCAGCUGUAAAGUGCCUGGUGUGUAUUAUUUUGUCUUCCAUGCCAUGUCUGAGGGGAAUCUGUGCCUGAGACUGAGGAGCAGCAGUGGUACCAGGCUGAGUUUUUGUGACUUCAACACGAAGAAACGCACUCAGGUCCUGUCUGGAGGAGCGGUGCUAACGCUAGUCAAAAAUAGCAAGGUGUGGAUAGAGGCUUUCAAACAUCAAAACGCCGACGCUAACUUCAUGACGCAGACCUUUGAAACAUCUCUGGUGUUCAGCGGAUUCCUGAUCUAUUCAAGUAAUUAAGCGCUGGUGGCAUAUUCAUGGCUCAAAGAAAUUUUUAGCAUAUUAGCAAAAUCGCUUAAUCAACUCUCUGGCAUUCAAAUGAAUUUCUGUUGCUCUCGGUUUGCGUCGGUUUGA